AUGGAUGACCUCGAACAGACAUGCGCGUCCCUGCGCGCGCAAAUCGCCGCCACUGAGGCCCAGCUCGCGGGCCUGAAACGAGACCUGCAGAUCGCAGAACAAGCCGCCGUCGCCCAGAAGACCCAGGACCCGAAUCCGACCAACGAUCGAUCUCCUGCAAGGAAGUGGCCGCUGCUGGAGGACGAAUACCGACGCUAUGGGCGACAAAUGAUCGUGCCACAGCUGGGCAUCCAAGGCCAAUUGAAGCUCCGAUCGGCGAGGGUUCUCAUUGUGGGAGCUGGUGGGCUUGGGUGCCCGGCAGCGUUAUAUCUCGCUGGCGCGGGCGUGGGCACUCUGGGCCUGGUGGACGGGGACACAGUGGAGUCGUCGAACCUGCAUCGACAGGUGUUGCAUAGGACGAAGAAUGUCGGGAAGCUCAAGGUGGAUAGUGCGAUUGAGUAUUUACAGGAGCUGAACCCCCAUUCGAAGUACAUCGCCCACCGAGAACACCUCACCCCCCAAGCCGCCCCGGAUAUCUUCAACGACUACGAUCUCGUCCUCGAUUGUACCGAUAACCCCGCGACUCGAUACCUCAUCUCCGAUACCGCCGUUCUUCUAGGAAAACCGCUGGUGUCCGCGUCGGCCCUGCGCACGGAGGGCCAGCUGAUGGUGUUGAACAACCCGCCUCGACCCAUGGGCGACAAGACCGGAGGACCUUGCUACCGCUGCGUGUUCCCGAAGCCACCUCCAGCAAACACGGUUACGAGCUGCGCGGACGGCGGCAUCAUCGGCCCUGUGGUUGGGACAAUGGGUGUCCUGCAGGCACUGGAAGCAAUCAAGGUCAUCACAGCGGAAGAGGCACCGGCGCCAUCGCUGCACAUCUUCUCCGCAUACUCCUCGCCCUUGUUCCGGACCAUCAAGCUGCGCUCCCGCCGUCCGAACUGCGCCGUGUGCUCCGCAGAGGCGACCGUAACGCUGGAUACCGUGCGGUCGGGGUCAACCGACUACGUCUUCUUCUGUGGGACGGCAGACCCGGAAAACUUGCUCUCCGCAGAGGAACGGAUCACGCCGCUGGAGUAUCGCGCCAAACACCCCGAAGCCUCGGUUGAGCUGGACACGCGGGAGCCAACCAUCAUCGAUGUGAGGGAAAAGGUCCAGUUCGAUAUCUGUAGCUUGGAGAAUAGCAUCAACAUCCCGAUGUCGACGAUCCUGGCGUCGGCGAGAAUGCCGACCGGGACUGCCGGCUCGGCAGAUGGGUCGACGGCGCUGCCUCCCUGGGUGCCGUCGGAUCUCGCCUCGUCGGAGGCUACCGAUCCGGUGUACGUGGUGUGUCGACUGGGCAACGACUCGCAGAUCGCAGUGAAGAAGCUGAAGGAGCUGGGGCUGGAUCGCGACGGGCAGAGGGUCGUGGCGGACUUCCGCGGGGGGUUCCGGGCGUGGAAAGAACAGGUUGAUCCUGAAUGGCCGGAGUAUUAG